AUGACCAUUUCAGCGACCCAGUGGGGUUCCCCCACCGCUACCAGACGAGCUCUGCUCAUUCAUGGCAUUACUAUGUCAUCGAAUUCCUGGGAGGGUCUCGCUCAACUAUUGGUGGCAGAAGGUUUCUUUAUUGUGGCCCCGAAUCUUCUUGCGCAUGCAGGGAGACAGGGUAAUACCGACUACCGUAUAUCCGCCUUUGCAGAGGACCUCCGACCAUAUUUCGUCAUGGACACAUCCUACGACGUAAUCAUCGGUCAUUCUUUCGGGGGUACAGUGGCAGUAUCUCUCUUGCCAUUCUUGCCCAAAAAGAAAGAAACCACCGUUAUACUCCUCGAUCCUGGCCUUGAGUUUACAGAGGAACAGAACAAGAUGAACUUAAAUCUAUUUCUAAAGGAAACAGCGAAUAUCAAGCCCGUCGACGUGCAUAUGGCUAAGAAUCCUGCUUGGUCACGCCGUGACUGCGUGUUAAGAACGCUGGGAUUAUCCAUGUGCGAUCGUACGGCGGUCGAGGUUUUUCGGCAAAACAGUCCUUGGUCUUUUAAGGGCCUGCUCAAAAACAUCCCCCCUCAUGUGGAGAUCGCCGUGCUUGUGUCAGAUCCAAAGUUCGGCGUUGGUAUUUGUAAGACCGAACACAUUCCUCGUGACGUGGAAAGAUUGAAUGCUAGAGCUCUUACCGGUAUCGGUCACUGGAUUCAAUACGAGUGUCCAGAUGUUAUCAUGGAUGCAAUUCCGUUACCAAGGGCAAAAUUAUGA